AUGGCAUCUGAAAAGGUUCAGAGACGAAAACCCAAGAAACUAACCAAGAAGCACGUAUUCUCGGAUGAGAAAAUACAAGAGAUCAGGGACGCCUUUCACAUGUUUGACAAAAACGGUGACGGGAUGAUCACGUCUGAUGAGCUGGGCUCUGUGAUGGUGUCCCUGGGACAGAGGCCGUCCAUCCACGAGAUCAAGAACUUUAUACGAGCCGUGGAUACAGACAGAAGUGGUACCAUCGACUUUGACGAGUUUGUGGACAUAUUUGCCAGAAAGGUGACCAUGGACCCGGAAUCCGAGCUCAGGGAAGUCUUCAAGGCGUUCGACGCUAACCACGACGGCUUCAUCGGCGCCGAGGAACUCUUCAAUGUUUUAGCACAGCUCGGGGAAAAAAUUACUCUGUCUGAAGCUCAGGAAAUGAUUAGGGAGGCAGAUCUAAACAAGGAUGGCAAAGUGGAUUAUUCAGGUAACUGU